AUGGAUCAACAACCUACUACUUCUGACGCUGCGAGCAGCAUCGAAAAGCAGCAACUCCCAACACCACCACCACCAGAGCCGCGAUUUGGAGGAUGGAUGCCGACAGUCGCUCUUACGGGACUGGGUAUCGCGUUUCUUGCAUCAACAUCUGGAAUCGUCGUGUCGAUCCUUUACUUGGCCAAGAAGAUUGCGGCAAACGAGAACCCGAUGCUGGGCAUCGCGCAAAGUUUCAUGCUGUUUGCUUCAAUCCUUUCUAUGGCUUACAUCGGUUACCAUAUUCGAGCCACCCGGGCUGGCAACACCCUCUACGGCAUCCUUGAUUCACAGGGUCGCAAGACCCUACACCCCGUUCAUGCCCGGACAAGGAUGCUGAUAAUAUCUGCCACCUCGGUCUGGGUGCUUACGAUCAUACUUCUCGCCGUUGGGAUAUACUUUGGAGGAGGGGGGAGCAAGACUGUCCUCCUCAACAUGGACCUCUUUGCUUCCAUUAUGGCCAGUCUGGCCCUCAGUAUCGAAUGCUACGUCGUCUUCAGGGUAGACCCUCCCUUUCUGCUGCCGUGGUUAUCACCAUGGGAUGCAAGGAUCAGGCCUCGCGGGUUUGACUCCGAAGAGAAUCCGACAUCCAACAAAAUAGUACCGAUGGACAGAUUUGCUAGGGGUUUCGACGCUUCUAUCCUUGACCGUGGGUCCUCGCCUGUCAGAAGCACCAGGCCUAAGACCCCCAUUCACGUAUCCGCCACUCACGCAUCUCUACCACCUAGCCCAACGCCUUCGAGACCUGGGGGACCACGACCGAUGAUGCCAGCGAAAUCGGAUAGUAUCCUGAGCGGCUCAACUCUUCAUGAUGGUCAGAGUCUUGAUGGCGCAUCCGGAUCAGGCCACAAUCUCCCAAAGCCGCCACCGGCGACUUAUCAGAACACCGAGCCACGGCAUAUAGGGCUGGAGGCUCCUGUGCCUCAGAACCCUGGGCACAACUACUCCAAUUCUUCUGAGACUUUCACCAAUGUUCCACUGUCUCCCAGUCCUUACCUCACGCAGAAUCCACAGCCUUGGAGUCCGCAGCCGGCUGUGACACAACCACCACCGGCAAUGGCUAGCCCACAAGCACCGCGCCCCCCUCCCCCACCUGCUCCUAACAUGACCUAUGCGGAGGCGCAACAGCAGCAACAUCAGCAACAACAACAAGGCCAUUUUUACCAACAACACCCUCAGCAUCACCAUCACUACCAACCCUACAACCCUCCCCAGUAUCAUUACGGCUCACAUCCACAAGUUCAGCACGCACCCGUCCAACAGCCGCCUCAUUACCAACAUCAAUACCAGUAUCAUCCAAGUCAGUCACCAACCCAAUGGGCGUAUCCUCAGCAACUAGCCGCCGUUUAUGGGACGCCAGGACCAGGAAAUGUCUCGCCCAUGUCGUCGACAACAGAUUACCGGGAUGCGAACAGUGAACCGGUGUCGCCGAUUACUCGAGUAAAUAGUGCGAUGAGCGCGCAAGUGAGGAGCAUGCCGGGGACGUUCCGGGACGGGAGUUAG